CGCCAACUCUGUAACCAUGAUACGUAAUGGGUACUUUCAGUGCACACGACUGACUUCAGCUCCAUACCUCAUUAUCUGGCCGACGAAGCUGGCUAAUUUUCCUCCUCCUCCACCUCCGCACGACUGCUGAUUUUGAGCCUUGUUGCCUGUCACCUCCUCGCGCCAGUGCGAGUUUGAAUCCAUUUACAAUGGCCGAAACCCAGACCCCCCAGACCACCGAGGUUGACUACACCUUGAACAACCCCGAUACGCUUACCAAGUACAAGACCGCUGCCCAGAUUUCGCACAAGGUCGUCGAGGCUGUCUCAGCGCUAUGUGUUGAGGGCGCCAAGAUCGUCGAAAUCUGCCAGCAGGGUGAUAAGAUCCUGGACGAGGAGCUUGCUAAGGUCUACAAGGGCAAGAAGAUUACAAAGGGUAUUGGUCACCCAACGACUGUUUCUCCCAGCUCCUAUGUGACCCCGUACACUCCCCUGGUAUCGGACACCCAGGAGGCCGAGAUAACCCUGAAGGCCGGUGAAAUCGCCAAGAUCCAGCUUGGUGCUCAGAUCGAUGGAUUCGGAACCAUUGUUUGCGACAUGGUCGUUGUCGGCAAGUCUGAGGUUACCGGUCGCGAGGCCGACCUGAUCCACGCCACUUACUACGCCAACGAGCUACUUCUGAGACUCAUGGCGCCCCCCGGCCUCCUCGCUACUGGAUCCGAGGAAGAGAAGAAGAAGGCCGCCGCCGAGCGCGCUCCUACCCAGGCUCGCAUUUCCCAGCUGAUCGAGAAGGUCGCCAAGAUCUACGACCUCAACGUCGUUGAGAACACAACCACCUGGCAAUUCGAGCGCAAUGAGAUUGAAGCCGAGAAGAAGAUCAUUCUUUCCCCCAGCGCCAACAGCACAAGGGGCGACGGUAUCCCUGACGUUGGUGAGGUUUGGGGUGUUGAGAUGGGCCUGUCUCUUGGAUCCGGAAAAGUGAAGAACCUGGACCACCGCUCCACCCUGCACCGUCGUACCACUACGACAUACCAGCUCAAGAGACCCAGCUCUCGACAGGUUCUUUCCGAGGUCGUCAAGAAGUUCGGCCAGUUCCCCUUCAGCUUGCGACAGCUCGAUGACGAGAAAGCCGCCAAGGUCGGUGUCCUAGAGUGUGUCCGUGGAGGUGUCCUACGGCAAUACGAGCCUGCCGGUGAGGCCGAUAACUCUGCGGUUUCCCGCUACCUGACUACAAUUGCGAUUACCAAGAACGGUAUCACCAAGCUGGCUGCUCCUGCUACGCCCGACUUUGAGAAGAUCAAGUCGGACAAGAAAAUCGAGGACGAAGAAAUCCUCAAGAUCCUUGAGCUCCCGCUCUCGAAAUCCACUGGAUCGUCGAAGAACAAGAACAAGAAGAAGAAGGCCAAGAAGGCUGAUGGUGCUCAGGAUGCGGAAUAGAUGGACUGCUCAAUUGGUUGAAUUUUGCUGUAUCCAUUGGACCUCGCCCAUGUCCUGACUCAGACUCACCCUGAGAUCAUGUCCUGUGGCUAUCUGGCCACCGGCGCCGCCUGCUACCACAAGCCGGAGAUGGAGGGGUUUAUUACUGUAGGGGAAGAAGCAAAAGGCUAAACCGAAGAACCGGUUAGACGCCUUUCAUCCUUAUCCCAUGUCUAUUAAGAACCUUUGUCAGAUAACAAAUACAUUAAAAAAAGUCACAUGAGAGUCGCACAUAGUCACAAGUAUCUAAGCAAAGAAGAUAAUCAUCACAGGGACCACCCCGUGAGCAAAAGACAUGAGAUAACAACAUUCUUGCCUGUAUUAUGAAG